GUGUGCUAGUAUGUAAGACCAGAAGUAUGAUACUUCUCAAAAGUUAGGAAUAAAAUAGACCAUUCGUACCAAAUUCCCCUCCAUUUCCAUUUUCGCAAGUCCGUUCUGUUCUACUGCACUCCAAUGGAAGAAGACGAAGGAGAACUUCUGCUAUGGAAGUCAGACUUAGCACCUGAAUCUAUGGUUUCAGUCACAGUUGGCCGAGUUAUGGCCACCUUACUCGUUGCUCGCCCAAAGAAGCUACACAACGCCGUUUCCGGUCUCUCACCCGACCACCGCCAAGGAGCUUCUUCACUAGAUUCUAUUCACCAAUCUCUCUGGUUUCUACACCAAUAUGUCAAGGACGCUGUUCAAAACCAUGUCUCUUUAGAUGAAAUCCUCAUCCCCAUGAUUGAACACGCUCUGAGACUCAAGGAUAAGAACUGGAAGCGAGGGGGCCAAGUUCUAGUACUUCUUAACUGGCUGUUCCUUGAUGAACUUACUUUCCAAACGCUGAUAAAAAAUAUUGCGGAUAUUAUUGUGAGAAAGGAUGAUCGCUAUGUCGCUCUUGGCUGGUGUAUCCUUGUCCGUAGUCUUGUGGAGUUCGAGUCUGUCCCUUGUGAACUUCCAUUGAACGGGUUAAGAGAGAGAUUCAAUGAUAUGUUGAAGGUACUCUGUUCGUGCAUUCCACGUCUGACAUGUAUUUUAAGUAAAGGAAGUAUGCUACAGGAAGGGUUUGAGUUACCUUCUCGCCUUGCAGUUUGCGCUGCUGAUUGCAUCGUGUCUCUCACUAAUGCACUGACCAGAAAGGCUGAGGUUCAAACCAGGCAAAAAAGAUCAAAUGCAAAUUCAUCGUAUCAGCAAGUUACUAUCUUUUCAAAUACUGUUGAUGACCAGCGAGAGAAACCAAUUAGUAAUGCUUCAAAAGAUUCAUACUUGGACAUGGAGUAUUUACUCUGGGAUCAAUUGAAGGAUCUCGCAAAAUUAGUACAGAGGCUUCUUGCAUGGAGCAAGAACAGUCGGCCUUUGCAUGCAAAAGGUCUAGAGCAAGUGCUUAAGUGGUUGGAUGAGAUAAAUUUGCAUUAUGGUAACUUCCAAGAUGAGGCAGGGAAGGUUAAAUCUAAGAUUCCUCGAACUGGAUCCCUGCUACUUUCUUCUUGUUGGAGGCACUACAGCAUCUUAUUAUUUUUGGAAGAUCGCCUAUUUUCUCAGCAUUACAAAGAAUGGUUGAACCAGUACUUGUCGGGCAUUCAGUAUUAUUCAGGCCACCACACUGAGGAAACUAUAGGAAAUAAGAAAGCUAGAGAGACCAUGAUUUUUUUCUUGAAUUGUUUAUGCCUUCUAUUGGGACGGCUUGACAGCAAAAAAAUUGAAAGCACUGUUUCAGAAUAUGGAACUCAGAUUUCUCAGGUUCUGCUAUUGCAGUUCCAUAGUACAGAUGAAGAUGUCAUUGACGAGGUGGUUAGCAUAUUUAAGGCAGUUUUUCUUAAUUCAAAAUUAUCUUCUGGAGGCAGUAUCACUGACCACAGGCAACUGGAUUCUGUGAUGCCAUUGUUGCUUAACCUUCUAGAUGAGCGGGAUGUCACCGCUAGAGCUGUCAUCAUUCUCAUUGCUGAAUCUUGUUUGAUGAGCAGAGAUAAUCAGUUCCUUUUGGAAGUCUUUAAGAGAUUUGAUUCUGAUAGUAUCAUGCAGAGGAGGAAUGCUAUUGAUGUGAUAUCUGAAAUUGUUCAGAUGUCAUCAAAUACAAGAAAUUUACUUACUCAGUCAGCAUGGCAAGAUAUAGCUAACCAGUUAAUUAAGUGCCUGGAAGAUGAAGAAAUUCUGAUUCGUAAACAGGCAGCUGAUUUGCUUCCUUGUGUUGAGCCAGCUUUGUUUUUACCUUCCUUAGUACGUCUUGUCUACUUGUCAAAUGAUGAAGUUCUAGCUUCAGCCAGAGAGGCUCUCAUUGGGGUGCUCAAAUGUCAUAAUCAGAACAUUGGAGCAAUUUUGAUGCUACUUGACUGUGUUAGCGAUUUUUCUCUAAAUGCAGCUCUUCCAAGUACCGGGGGUAAUGGUCAAGAUUGUAUUGAUCAGGUGGGAGAAUUUAAAUCUGGCUUUAAUGAUAAAGAGCUGUCGCCAGGAUCAAGGUUGCAAAGUGACCGAGUGCUCAGCCUAAUUCCUCAGUGGUCUCAAAGUGUUCAAAAUUGGAAGUUCUUGAUAGGCCCGUUGAUGGAUAAGAUGUUUGCAGAACCAUCUAAUGCAAUUCUCGUAAGAUUCCUGAGUAUGAUAAACGAGCACUUCGUGAAAGCCACUGAUGUGGUCCUAGAGCGUAUUUUGUCAUAUGUGAAAGGACAGAAAGAGAUAGAUGAGUGCUUCUACUCUAAACAGGAUAACCAAGACGAAGAUAUGUCCCUGAGUGUGCAACAAUCUCUAUUUGAGCGUCUUUGUCCACUACUUGUUAUUAGGAUGCUUCCCUUAGAAGUUUUUAAUGACCUGAGUAUGUCGGUCAUGUAUGGUCAGCUUCCUAACCGAGCAAUUGUGCAUGAUAUGGAGAUGGUUGAUCAUAAGUGUGUUGCGGCUCUCUUAUUAAACAGGGCAUUUUCCAAGCACGAAUUUGAUGAUGUACGGAAGCUUGCUGCUGAGUUGUCUGGGCGCAUUCAUCCCCAGGUGCUUUAUCCUUUUGUUAACUCCGUACUAGAAGAUGCUGCCAUUUCUCAUAAUAUACCAAGAAUAAAAGCCUGCCUUUUCUCGAUGUGCACAUCCCUCGUGGUAAGAGGUGAGCAUAACUUCUCACAUUUUGACAUGUUUAAAAUUGUAAAAACCUUGGAAAUAAUUCUAUCGUGGCCGUCACAGAAUGGAGAUGAAGUUUCCAAAUCACAACAUGGAUGCAUUGAUUGCAUUGCGUUGAUGAUAUGUAAUGAACUACAAGCUCCGAACUCAUGCAGUGCCUCCAAUUUUGUGAAAAUUGACAUUAAUAAAAAAGGGCAUGCCUCCUUAAAAGGUUCUAUCCUGGAUUAUGUGGUCGGUCGAUUAAUAAGUGGUACAAAAGAACAAGGUGCAGCCCAUGACUUGGACAAUAAUGACAACACAUCCGAUAAUUCAACUCCUUUAUCUUUAUACCUUUGCAUGGCAAAUGUGCUCACCAGUGCCUGCCAAAAGCUUUCUGAUUCAAGAAAGAAACAAUUUGCUCGGAAAGUUCUUCCACGUCUCAUUAGUUUUGUUGAGGUAACAAGUACACCGGUAGAUAUUAGAACUGCAUGUAUUGCAGUCAUCUUUUCAGCCGUAUAUCAUCUGAAGUCGGCUAUUUUACCUUAUUCCAAAGAUGUUUUCAGUGUCUCCUUAAAUGCUCUAAAAAACGGUCAAGAACAGGAACGGAUUGCUGGGGCUAAGUUGAUGGUAUCCCUUAUGUCAAGUGAAGAUCCAAUUUUGGAAUGUAUUUCUGGAGGAUUACUAGAAGCGAGAGAUGUGCUCUCAAGUGUAUCUUCUUUUGAUCCUUCCAUUGAAGUCCAACAAAUUUGCCAGAAGAUGCUCCAAUGUUUGAUUUCUCCCUGAGUACAUGUGAGCUGUUCAUCAUCAUAAGUGGACAAUGAUGUUCAUGUCUUAAAUUUUUAACUAUAGAAGUCCUUGUAAAUAGUAGUAAUUGGUAAACUACGGUAUAUUUGGAGGAUUAUUUUGGUAUACUAUGGUAUAUUUGGAGGAUUAUUUUGGUAUACUAUGGUAUAUCUGUAAAUAGUAGUAAUUGUAGUGAUUUGAAAUACAUGGUACAUCAGUUGAAGGAUUCUUUUAGCA